AGUCUACACGGAGCCUUGCUGGAUAGUAGCUGUGAGAAGCUGAGCCCUGAGCCUCUUGGAACUCCAUCCUACUACAUACAGCCCACCAUGGAUGUCAAAGUACUGGCUGUGUUGGUCCUACUGGCUGUGGCCAUGGAUGUACCUCCCUCUACGGCUAAGCCCAUCAGCCUGGUAGAGAGGUGCUGGUGUCGCUCCACUCUCAACACCGUCCCUCAGAGGAGCAUCAGAGAGCUCAAGUUCCUUCACACACCCAACUGCCCUUUCCAAGUCAUUGCCAAGCUGAAGAACAACAGGGAGGUGUGCAUUAACCCCGAGACCAAAUGGCUGCAGACGUACCUGAAGAAUGCCAUUAACAAGGUGAAGAAGUCCAGAAGACGUGCUCAGUAAAGGAGACGUAUUCACCAUCCUGACCGGCCUGCAGUGCCCCAGUCCCAGGCCAGCUC